AGCCACGGGAGCUGCUAAAUUCGCACACUGUUUCAUCAUCUUCCAUCUCUCUCUCUCGAUCUCUCACUAGUUCAUCGCCGUUCAACCCCUUUGCUUCCCUGAUAUAAAUAUCCUCAUUUCUUUUCCUUUCCUCCAAAUGCCAUUCUUUUGAUUCUGUCUGCGAUUCGUUGCAAUUCUCCUCCGACUCUGCGGGACACCCUUCACCGCCAGUUCUACGCUCAGAACUUGCGUAUCGGUCUGUCCGGUUGAAUUGCAUAGCUUCAAUUUGUUUGAACUCUGUGAUUACUCAUCCAUGUCCCCGUGGAUGAUUCGGUGGCCAUGACGGGCGCUUCUUCGAUGUCAGUGCUGGUGGAAUUUGUUAACAUGUACAGGGCCUGGAAUGGGGAUGUGAGCGGGAGGUCGAACUGUGGUGUUCUGUCAUGUGCCUCCAAGGCUCCAAGGGCAUUGACUGGAUAUCUAGCCAGUACUGCCCACCCCCUACAGCUCUCUAUUGGUUCUUAUGGACGGGCUGGAAACCAAAGUAGCAUUGGAUGUUCAGGAAUUGGAAGGUUGAUUUAUUAUACUAGGAGCAAUUGGAAGCUAUGCCGCUCUUUAUCUUGUUCGAUAAAACCAUCUGAGGAAAUAUCCCCUGAAAGUUUGUGGGAGGAUCUUCAACCGACUCUCUCAUAUCUAUCCCCUAAGGAGUUGGAAUGGGUCCAUAAUGCUUUGAAUUUAGCCUUUGAGGCACAUGAUGGUCAAAAGCGACGUAGUGGAGAGCCCUUCAUCAUACAUCCAGUUGCAGUUGCGCAAAUUCUUGGAGAACUGGAUCUGGACUGGGAAUCCAUUGCUGCUGGGUUAUUACAUGAUACAGUUGAAGAUACAAAUGUUAUUUCCUUUGAAAGAAUAGAGCAAGAAUUUGGUGUUACUGUACGCCGCAUCGUAGAGGGAGAGACCAAGGUAUCCAAACUUGGAAAGAUCAAGUGUAAGGAUGAAAAACAUUCUGCUCAAGAUGUCAAAGCUGACGAUCUUCGACAGAUGUUUCUAUCCAUGACUGAGGAGGUCCGUAUAAUAAUAGUCAAAUUGGCUGAUAGAUUGCACAACAUGCGUACUCUUUCACAUAUGCCUCCCCAUAAGCAGUCCAACAUUGCCAAAGAGACACUACAGGUUUUUGCUCCUCUGGCCAAAUUGCUUGGGAUGUACCAAAUUAAGUCUGAACUUGAAAAUAUUGCAUUCAUGUACACAAAUGCCCAAGAUUUUUCCAAGGUACAAAGACGAAUUGCAGAACUUCGUAAAGAGCAUGAAAAAGAACUCUUAGAGGCAAAAAGAAUACUGACAAAGAAAAUUGAGGAUGAUCAAUUCCUUGAUCUCAUGAACGUAAGCACUGAGGUCCGAUUAAUAUGCAAAGAACCUUACAGUAUCUACAAAGGUGUUCUCAAAUCUAAGAGCUCGAUAAAUGAAGUCAACCAAAUUGCACAGCUUCGUAUUAUUAUAAAACCAAAAUCUUGUUCCGGACUAGGCUGGCUUUGCAAUGUGCAGCAGAUAUGCUACCAUGUACUUGGACUUGUACACAGAAUCUGGACACCCAUUCCUCGAGCUAUGAAAGACUAUAUUGCAACCCCAAAGCCUAAUGGCUAUCAGAGUCUGCAUACAACUGUGAUUCCAUUUCUUUAUGAAAGCAUGAUGCGUUUGGAAGUUCAGAUAAGAACAGAAGAGAUGGACCUAAUAGCAGAGCGGGGCAUUGCUGCACAUUAUAGUGGGAAGUGUCUUAACGGCUUAAUUGCACACGUUAUGCAUAAUGGCUGUUCCCUUGAGAAGACAAUCUAUUUCAACAAUGCCAAUAUUGCUCUUAGGAUUGGCUGGCUCAAUGCAAUUAGAGAGUGGCAGGAAGAAUUUGUUGGGAAUAUAACAUCUAGAGAAUUUGUGGACACUGUUACAAGAGAUCUUUUAGGCAGUAGAGUUUUUGUAUUUACACCCAUGGGAGAGAUUAAAAAUCUACCAGAGGGGGCUACUGUAAUUGAUUAUGCAUAUAUGAUACACAAUGAUAUUGGCAAUAAAAUGGUGGCUGCAAAGGUGAAUGGGAACAUUGUCUCUCCUGUGCAUGUACUGGCCAAUGCUGAAGUUGUGGAGAUCAUAACCUACAGUGUUAGUUUCUUAGUGUUUUAUUUCUAGUGCACCCUUAUUAUACACACGCCUCUACCCUCACCCUCACCACCCAAGGGUAGAAACGAGAAAGCACUUCAUCUGUCCAAAAAAAGUCUUAUUUGAGUAAGGUAAAACUUUUGGUUUUAGUAGACUCAAUCAAGGUAAUGCAUUCACCAGUUAUUUAUUUGACUCAAUCAAGGUUUAAGCUUUCACCAGUUAUUUAUGGUCACUUCUAUGCCUGAAACUUAUCUUCAAGCUUGUUACUUUGCUUUACACUAAGUUUGCUUAAAAAAUAAAAAGAUUUUUAAACCUGUAUUUUUUUAGACAAACUUUUUGCAACAGCACUCUCUUUAGUACAAAUAACUUGUUGCAAGAUGA